AAAAUAAGGGAGAAGAAGAAGAAGGGUGGAGAAGAAGAAGAAGAGUGGGUCUGCAGAUCGGGAGGAGGAAGAAGGAGAAGUGGAGGGGAGGGAGCCAUGAAAAUCGGGCUGGAGGAGGAGGCGGGGCUGCGUGGGACCGCGACGGAGGAGGAAGAAGAAGGACUGGAGGGGAGCUGCGACGACGGCGGGGAGCUGCGACGACCUCUCCUCUCUCUUUCUCCCUCUCUCCUCCUCUUCCCCUCUCUUCUCUUUCGAGCCAUUUUUUGAGCCAAUUUCUCGAGCUACCAAUCUUUUUCCUUUCCCCUAUAUUAUCUGAGCUGUCUGUGCGUUAUAUGAAUGAGUAAUGCUACAUAUAUUCACAUAUUUAAUUUAUAAACUUAUUUAUAAUGAUGUGAUAAAAUAAAAUCUUUAAUCAUUAAAUGUGUAAUUAAUCAAAAUUAACCCAUACCAUAAGAUAUCAUUAUUGAUAGAAGUGUGAGAGUCUUUUUUUAAUCUCAAACUUUUUCCUUUCCUUAUAUGAACCAAGACAUUUCCAGACUACUUUUUCUUCACUUCGACAGGGGCAGCCCUUUUCUUCAACCAUCACGAAAUCCAAGAUGGGGUUUCAGUUAGAAGCUGUGAUUCUGUCUCUGCUUCUGUAUGUGUUUCUGUUUGCAGACCAAACAAAGGCUGAGCAAUUCAUCACUAAUGCUACCACUAGUUCCAUAGAUAGGAACAGUGGUGGUGGUUGCAAUAUUUUCAGAGGCAAAUGGGUAUACGAUGCAUCAUACCCUCUUCCAUACGACUACUCUCUAAGCUGUCCCUUCAUUGAUCCUGAAUUCAAUUGUCAAAAGUACGGUAGACCUGAUAAAUUGUACCUCAAAUACAGGUGGCAACCCUUCUCAUGUCACCUACCAAGGUUUAAUGGGUUGGAGUUUUUGGAGAGGUGGAGGGGGAAGAAGAUCAUGUUUGUGGGUGACUCACUGAGUUUGAACAUGUGGGAGUCUUUGAGUUGUAUGAUACAUGCUUGGGUCCCAAGGGCUAAGACCACAUUCUUCAAGAAAGGUUCCAUUAGUUCAGUUACAUUUGAGAAUUAUGGAGUGAAAUUAUUUCUAUAUCGGACACCGUAUCUAGUAGACAUGGUAAAUGAAAAGGCGGGUCGGGUUCUGAAAUUGGACUCAAUCCAACAAGGCAACGCAUGGAGAGGAAUGGACAUCCUCAUCUUCAACUCCUGGCAUUGGUGGACACACACAGGAAAUUCUCAACCAUGGGACUAUAUGCAAGAAGGGAACAAAUUAUACAAAGAUAUGAAUCGUCUAAUUGCUUACUAUAAAGGGUUAACCACAUGGGGUAGAUGGAUCAACCAAAACGUUGACACUUCAAAAACCAGAGUGUUUUUUCAGGGGAUUUCUCCCACCCAUUAUGAAGGCAGGGAUUGGAAUAAACCAUCAAAGUCAUGCUAUGGAGAGAAGAACCCAUUUUUUGGUACAAGGUACCAUGCAGGCACACCUAUGGCUACAGUUAUUGUCAACAAUGUCUUGAGCCGGAUUAAGAAACCCGUUUAUUUGCUCGACAUCACAACUCUCUCACAACAACGCAAGGAUGCACACCCAACAGUCUAUGGCGGCCGCCAUAGUGGCACAGAUUGCAGUCACUGGUGUCUUCCCGGGUUACCAGAUACUUGGAACCAGCUUCUGUAUGCAGCUCUGAUUAAUUGAAUUGAUAUGUAUUGCAAUUAUUUUAGCUCAAUUGACUACAAAUAUCAUUAUUUCGAUGGUAGUAAUUUGUUCUAAUUUCCAUUUAACUGUGACUCAAUAAAAAGGUUAUGCUUCUAUUGUAAAA